AUGUCGACCACCGAUCCGAACCGGGAACAACCUCCACAAGAACAAGCACCGCAACAACCUGAGUCGCAAACAGAAGAACCCCAAAACCAAACAACAGAAGCGCAAGAUGAACCACCGCAGCAGCAACAACAGCAAGAACAACCCCCGGCCUCGCCUCCCCUCCCGCAAAAACACACCGCGGUCACCCCCGGCGUGCGCGCGGGCUACUUUGAAAAGACGUACAACGGCGCCCUCCAGAAGACGCUGCAGGCCGUCCGCUUCGAGAACUUUGCCGACUGCUUCCCGACCAUCGCCGCCAACGCGCCCAACACGCUGCGCAACGUGCAGAAGCAGAUGGCGGAUUACCUCGAGGACCGAUGUAGUAAAGAUUUCCAAACCAUCCUCGCGGAACGCGACGUCGUCCGAAAGCUGAACGAGUUCGAGAGCCUGGUCAGCGACGCGGACAGGAGGAGGCUGGAGAGCGGCGACGACGCCGAGGAACCGAUCCCUCCUCACCUCCUACCCCCCGAGGUCGUGAUCAAAGCCCACAUGGCCCCGCGCCUGGCCGCGCAGCAGUCCCACAUGAACGCGCGCCUGCAGAACACGCAGGCCUCCAACGAGGUCCUCUUCGCCUCGAUCCAGGCCCAGCGCGCCGAGAUCGCGGUCCUUAUCGCGCAGCUCGAGGGCCACGUCGCCGACGUCGACGGCGCCAACGGCAUGCUCGUGGACGUGGCGCCCGAGCUGGCGGCCGAGGCGAGGGACGCCGAGGCGCUGAUGUCGGGGAUGUAA